UUUUAAUUCUGUAGUGUUGGCAAUUGUUAUGUUAUCCAUAUGCCGUGACCACGUGCGUGAUCUUUAACCUCACUUAUUAAUAAAUGUUAUAUGAAUUGUGAUUUGAAAACAUCAGAAAAAUUAUGUUAAACCCAAAUUUGAGCUCAAUGAAAGUCGACGUGGAGGAGGAAAGAUUUGACGGAUUAAAACUGUAUUACGGAUGCAAGCAAUGCUCAUUCAAGACGAAACUCUUAUCCAGGAUAAGAACCCACGCAAGAAUUCACGAAAACAGUGAAGAAAAAUUUAAUUGUUCAAGUGGUGGCCUUGAAAAUUACYAGUGUCACAAAUGCGAAACAUUUGAAACACGAUUCCUGUCACAACUAAGAUGUCACAUUGUUCAACACAAUGAUAAUUUGAAAGAACAGAAUAUCACAAAACACACUAAAACUUCCUUUCGGUUUCGGUGUAAACUUUGUGAUUAUGAAGCGAAAACAAGAUACACUUUGCAACAACACAAUAUCACAAAACACACUAUAACUCCCUUUCGGUGUAAACUCUGUGAUUACGAGGCGACAACAAGAUACAUUUUGCAACAACACAAUAUCACAAAACACACUAAAACUCCCUUUUGCUGUAAACUUUGUGAUUAUAAGGCAAAAACAAAAUACACUUUGGAACAACACAAUAUCACAAAACACAGMAAGACACCUUUUCAGUGUAAAUUUUGUGAUUACAAGYCGAAAACAAAAUACAUUUUGCAACAACACAAUAUCACAAAACACACUAAAACUCCCUUUUGCUGUAAACUUUGUGAUUAUAAAGCGAAAACAAGAUACACUUUGCAACAACACAAUAUCACAAAACACACUAAAACUCCUUUUCGAUGUGAACUUUGUGAUUACGAGGCGAAAACAAGAUACACUUUGCAACAACACAAUAUCACAAAACACAGUAAGACACCUUUUCAGUGUAAAAUUUGUGAUUAUAAACCGAAAACAAGAUACAUUUUGAAACAACACAUGGAUAAACAACACAACGGCUCCUGAGGAUUGGUUUCACUGUGYCCCAUUGUAGUUACAAAACUAAAAAUAAAAAUUCACUAGUUCAGCAUUUAAAAAUACAACAUAAUGGCAAACUUUAGUAAUUGCAUUGUAAUUUUAAAUGUAAAACUAAAUCUCGUUUCAAAGCACACGUCGGUGUGUGACAUUUAUUAUSUAUUUCUAAUGUCAAUUUAAGGCGGAAUUUAAAACAAUCAAAUAUACAUAUAUACAAAUAUAGU